UCCGGUAACCUUCGAAGGGCUCUCUCGCUGCGGUGUUGCGGUGGUUCUCCGUCUCAGAGAUCGCGCCCUGUCGAUAAAUACCAAUUGCCGUGCGCCCGAAGAACUCUCGAGACUCUCGGUGGGAUCUUCUCUCCAUCGAUUAAGAGGGGAAAGUAGAAACCCUAGAAAUGGAAUCUCAGAAAAAGCUCCGGGUUUUCGUUCGUUCGCCCGACCUCGUCCUACCCUCCCGGGCGCUAACCCUAGCCCCUGAUCUCACCCUCCGCCGCCUGAAGCUCGCCUUCCUCCCCCAAUCCCUCCUCUCCCAAGCCCUAACUAUCGAUUCCCUUUACUUCUCUCUCAACGGCAAGCCCCUCCCGGACGACUCCUCCCUCGCCGCCGCGGGCGUCCCCGAUUUCUCCGCCCUCACCCUCCGUCUCCGCCUCCGCGGCGGCGGCGGCGAUGGCGGCGCCACCGGGGCCGAGUCUCGCGACUGCUACCUCAACAUGUACGCGAUCAAGAAGCCCGACAAGGUGGAUCCCAAUGAGACCCGGCUCUCCAAAUGGACCACCUGUGCCCUAUCCGCUGAGCCCCUCUCGCCCCCCUGUGUGAUCGACCGGCUGGGCAACCUCUUCAACAAGGAGCCGCUCGUUGAGGCUCUGCUCCACAAGAAGCUUCCCAAGGAGUUCAGCCACGUCCGGGGAUUGAAGGACAUGAUCCCAAUCCAUCUCACCCCGAUCCCCAGUGCUGCCGUUUCCGAGACCAAGUUUCAGUGCCCGAUCACCGGUCAAGAGUUCAACGGGAAAUAUGGAUUCUUGGCGAUCCGUGGAUGCGGGCAUGUUUUGAGCGUCAAGGCAUUGAAAGAGGUCAAGUCAUCGACUUGCUUGGUUUGUCAUAAAGAGUUCUCGGAUAUGGAUAAGAUUGUGAUUAAUGGAAGCGCAGAGGAAGUCAGAGUGCUGAGGGAGAAGAUGGAGGAGGAGAGGGGGCGGCUGAAGGUGAGGAAGGAGAAGAAGGUGGGUGCAUGUCUGAGUGGUACAAAGCAUGCCAAUGAUGAGAAAGGUGGUAUUUUGGAUAACGGGAAGAAGGAUGGGCGUGCUAAAAGGUUCAAGGCAGUUGAUGUGAUGCCAACUCAUGCUACGAAGGAAGUAUAUGCAUCUAUCUUCACGUCAUCGAAGAAAUCCGAUUUCAAGGAGACCUUUACUUGCAGGUCGCUUCCGCUUGGGAGAAACUGAUGGGGACGGACGUGGUGGACAGACAGGAGCGUUUUGUUUUAUCAUACUGUUUCAUGCAGGUUUGAGGUCGCUUCUUAUUGUAUAAGGUGCUUGAUGCAUUUUUUUAAAAAAAACAUAAGAAAUCAGCAUGAAAACUCUUUUAGAGCAGUUGACUUGUCAAGUUUGUGCUCCUUCACGUGAUGAAUAUUAAGGAGGUGCUGCUGAAUUUAUUGCAUAGAUACUGUUUUAAUGCAUUUGAUCAUCACGCUUCUUAGAAUGGACACAGUUUGAGCU